UUUCACCUGAUUGGACAAGACAUCUUACUGAAGCUUCUGAUUGGAUGCUGUUAAAUGACGUUGCACGGAUCACACCGGAAAAGCUCGUCUCAAAGUUCGGCGCGGAAACAGAGAUGGCUGAAAACGGCUCGAAGUCUAAACUGAAACGGAAGAGGAACUCGGUGGAGGAGUCGAACCCUGAAGCAGGUCCAGGAGCAGCGCGUCCCGGCAGGUCAGCUCUUUAUGGACAGUCAGGAGGAACCGGGACGUGUUCCGGUUCGACUCUUCUGGCUCGCCGCACUGCUGUUGCGGUGUUGCGUUCAGGUUCACUCUGUACGGGAGGUUUUUUGGGUUCCUGACAUGGUGUCGGCCGCCUCCAGCAGCAGCAGCAGCAGCAGCAUGGUGGAACACGUUGCGGCCCCCCACUGUGGAGAGCCUGUGGGCGUUCACACUGAUGUCUGCUCUGCCGAACCUGCAGGACCAGCUCUGGGACCCGGUUCCUGAUCUUCCCCUUCCUCCUGCUGCGAGACCUGCCACACCAAAGCUGGAGGAGCAGUGGACGUAUGAUCUCUUCAGUGAUGUUCCUCCCUUUCCAGAAGACGGCCCACUCACCCCGGGGCUUCCAUCGGACCAGGACCCUCAGAGUGCAUCUUCUGCCCAGGACAUUGCUCCAGUCCAGACCAGGCCUUCUGGGAAGUCUCCUGACAAAGGGCCAUUGUCUGAGAGCAGACAGAGUCCUGAGCAGCAAGCUGAACCUCCCGGAUCCCUCAGCAGGACUCAGAAUUGGGAGAAGCCAGCUCCGUCUUCAGCAGGAGAGCCGAGGCUCGGAGGAGAACAAGAACGGUGGAGCCGACCAUUGAGCAGACGGCUUCUAGCCGAGUCACUGAAGGUUUCCAACCCACCGUUUUCUCCAGGCGGCGAGGAGGAGGAGGUGCAGAGUACUAGCAAACACGAAGAAGGAGCUCUGCAGAGCUGCCCCAUGUGUCUCCAUGUGUUCCCUUCUGGGUUCACGCAGAUGGAGCGGGACGGCCACCUGGCCCAGUGUCUCUCUGAGCUGGGUGCGGACAUGACCUGGUGAGGCGACAGGAAGCUGGCGGCGGGUCAGCUGGAAGAGGGAGGGCGUGGUCAAGUUAUUUACUCCACUGACGUAGACCGAACACUCACAUCCCAGACGGUCAGAGCCGGGUGAGAGUUAGAGGGCUUUGACUGAGCCACUGAAGAGACUUGCCCCUUGUGGCCGCUGAGAGGAUGAUUCUUCUUCUCUAAAUGACUUUGGAAAAAGAAACUUUGGCUGCAGCCGCACCUUUCAGCUUUUUGAGCCGCUUAAAGCUGGAAACAUAAUUAUCUGCAUUGAAAUCCGAGCCCCGGGAAAGCAGCUGAGAAGUCCUUCAGGCCCAGCGCCUGCAUCUGAUUGGCCUGCAAAGCUAAGGAGAUGAGGCGCUUGUUCUGUUAUUGGAUAAAUUCAGAUUCGUAUUCCAUGUUUCAGAUUUGUAAAACUGGAUUUUCAAUCUCAGUUUUACUCCAUUUACAUUUUUUUCUUUUUUUUUUAAGAGAAAUGUAAAAGAUGUGAUUCUUGUUCCUCAACUUGUCAUAUCGAUGUAUUUUUCCAGUUUUCACUCAGUAACAACAUUGUUAUAAUGUCUACGAUACGACAUGUUCAGCUGCUGUUGUGUAGCGCAGAGUGCAAUAUGUUAAAAAGCAGAAAUUGGGCACAUAUAUGUGAAGAGGGUCAGCUUGCCGUGUUGGGAUGGUUUAGUCAUCAUGGUAACAGCCUUUAAACCCACUCUGUACGAACUGAUGUUUUUGGUAGCCUGUUUAUACUUUCACCUCCAUCUGGGAGUGGAUUUCUGUAAGAAUUGGCAUCAUUUGUCUGAAUCCACAGUCUGUUUGAUUUAAGCCACGUUGGAAGGUUUUCCAGGAUGAACUGUGAGUUCAGGCUCGUUUUGCACGACCGCCAUUAAGACGGCAUGACCCUCACCUCCCAACAAAUUCAACUUUUGUCUCAUCGUCCCACAGAAGAUUUUCUGGAUGUCGUUGGGUUCACCUUGUGAAAAAUAAGCAUGCUUAACAUAAUAAAUAUAGAAAACCAAAACUAACAGAAAUAAACAAUAUUUAAAUUCCUUUCAAACGCAAAAAUGCAAAUGUUGCAUUAGAUUCAACCGUUUCUUAAAACAUUUGUCCUUUUUUUUUAACCCUUUAACUGUCACCAAAAACACUUUCAUGCAAGUCAAGGUGUGCAUGAAGUCGCCAUCGCCCUCAUAACGGGUAAAACAAAUCUCUAUUAAUUACUGAUCUGUUUCUUGACUUUUGAGCCACUUCUGCAUCCACCUUGGCUUUAGCAUGUUGUCAGCUUUGCACACUGACAUUCUGCACUUAACUAAAUUCUAACAUUUUCAAGUACACAAUGCAAGACAUAUUAGUUGGAUGAAAACAAUCUGAUGCAUUCAUAUUCCAUACAGCUUCAUACAAGUUUCCCCACGUCUCUUCACUGUAAUUUAUGUAUGGAAAUAUUUACAAUUGCAAUAUUUCUUUUUUUUCAUUUAGCUUUUACAAAGUCAACAUGAGUCUUCUAACACUGUGAAAUAUUUUUCAACA